AUGAUACCGCCUCUUCUCCGCCACCAAUCAUCACUUGAAGGCAUCAUCAACUUUUCUCCGGAACCACCCUUGGAGACGGAGCUGCGCGACCAUGCUAGCCGUAGACUCCACAGCAUUUGUGAGCACUUCGACACCGGGAUACCUCAGGGAGACUUUAGCCGUCCUCGGCUUAUUCGUUAUACCUAUACGUAUUCGCUUUCUCAAGAAUCUAGGGAUUACUUCUUGCACGCUUUCUUCCAAGCCGUCGAUCUUCGGAUUGAUGGAAAUGAACCUAUCAAUUUCGAAGACAUCCGCUCGAAAUUCUUCGACUUUGGGGAUUAUCUUUUCAACAAUUUCUUUUUGCCUGUGAAAGCUUCUACCAAGAAGACCCCGCAGCCUUCCCCAGCCUUGCAUUCUGCAGUCCAAGAAGCACAAGGACAGGGCGGACAACAGUAUGUUGGAACCGGUCCCCGAUUGUCAGUUCUUCGGAGAGACUGUCUUAUCCGUGACCGUCAUCGUUGUGUAAUAUCGCGAAAAUUUGACCAUGCCGAAGCAUGGAAACGCCGUAAUACUCCUGGCGGCGCUCGAGACGAUGAAGGGAACUUGCUAGAAAAUGAUCCAGAUGACCCGGAAUUUCUGGAAGUGGCCCACAUCCUGCCACACUCCCUCACGAAAGUCAAUAAGGGAGGCGAACUAGAUCAUUCUAAACAAUCUGCACUUGCGAUCCUCAAUAUGUUUGAUGUGGGUGUUGCGGAACUAAUUCAAGGUCCUGAAAUUGACCGGCCACGUAACGCUAUUACACUUACUGCUCAUCACCAUCGGUCAUUCUGUGAUUUCCAGGUUUACUUUGAGCACGUUGCCAACAGAGAUCAUACUUAUACGAUCAAAACAUUCUAUCCCGGAUACUUGGUCCGGCGAGCAGCAUUUCCUAUUACCCGUGAGCUUUAUCUUACUCCCGAACGAACAAUAGAACCUCCGUCACCUCGACUGCUAGCUCUCCACCGUGCUAUUGCCCAUAUCCUCCAUUUAUCAGCAGCCGGUGAUUAUAUCGAUAAAAUAUACCGUGAUAUGGAAGAAAAAGGAGUGCAAGCGGAUGGAUCUACUCCGCUAGAUCGGUUCAUAUCUCUUGCCAUCAGCGAGAAACCCUCUUCUGUCUGA